AUGGUUCGUGGCAUCGCCAAUCAAGGCGAGCAAAUAAGGAUAAAAGUCAACCAAAUCAUGGACGUUGGUGCCACUGCCCAAAUCACUGAGGUACGUCUUCGUCGCCUGGACGAAGACCACGAUCGAACAAUAAAGCACACGUUUUCCCUUCAGAAAGACAUUACCGCUGCUAGAGCCGAGGUAAGGGAGUUCCAGAAAAACCAAGCCACAAUGGAGAGGUGCGUCAUCGAGGCUGAACGUCAAGUAGCUCGAGCACGGACUUCCACGACAUCAUACUGUGGUCUGCAACGUACCACCCGCUCGGAGUAG